AUGUCGAAGAAAUUGCAUAUUCAUUACUUGCCAGUUGGUUUAACGACAUUUCAAAAAGAUUUAGUAGAGAUUUUAAUAUCUUUACAUUCUAAAUCUUUUAGAGAAGAGAUGGGCAUUAAGAUUGAAGAUGGUGUUGAUAAUUCAGAGAAUAUUACAAUUAAAUCAGAAGAUGUUCGUUCGAAAAUUUCCCAUGCUCAAUUGGUUUAUUUAUUCGAUAAUAAUAUCAGAGCUGUGUUAAAUCAUCCAUGUUUAUUAGUAGAUCAUUAUAUGCCAAGACAGUUUUUAUUAAUGGAGCCAAACGAGAGAUUAAUUAGUUCGAGUGAUAAGUUUCAAAAAUUGGAUCAUAUAAUUUCAAGUUUAAUAAAUAGAGACAGAACAAAAUUUCCAAAUCCUUUAAAAAUUUCAUUAAUCUCACAUAAUGUUAGAGAGUUAGAUUUAUUAGAAGGUUUCUUAUUAGGAAAAAGGUUAAAAAUUAAAAGAGUAUCAGGAACCUCUCUAUUUGAUGAGAAGCAUAUCUAUCCAACAGAAAAAAACAAGAUCGAUUCAUCUAAUGAUUCUUCAGAAUCUAAAAGCAUAACGCCAUUGGCAGAAUCAAGUUCAAAUAAAUAUACAGGAUACUCAAGAGAUGAUUAUGACUAUUCUGUUAAAAGAAUGAAAAAAUAUAACAAGGCCAAUGAUGAUGAUUGGUUAUUUUUAACUACAUCUACCCAUUUACUGAACGAUCCAACAUUACUUUCUGAAUAUAAUAUUGAACUUAUAAUUAGUUUUGAUCCAUUAUUGGAUCCCAAAUUAGAAGCCUUGGAGAAUAUACGAUUGAAGAGCAAUGGUAAACUUGCAUUAAUUAAAAUGAUUGUUAAAGAUUCACCAGAUCAUUAUAUAUUAGAGAAUAAAAUUAAAUUUGAAAAAGAUAAUGAAUAUGAACAUAUGAAAGAAUCUAUAAAUCAUUUUUUAAAAACCAGAGAUACCUCUAUUGGAGAAGUUACAAAAUUAGACUAUAAUGGAUUAAUUGAAGGCCUAUUAUCAGGUACAUUACCAUCUAAUAGCUUAUCCGAUAUAAGACUGACUUACGAAACACAAGGUAAUAUACAUCCAUAUUUACCUAUCUUAUCGCCGUUAGAGUAUUCUGAGACUCAAUUAUCUAGUGAUAAUGAAAUUAUUGAUAUUAAAACUUAUCAAAUGGAGUUGAUGAAGAGAACAGUCUGUAGGAUGAAAGAUAUUCAGAAUGAUUAUAGAGAAAAAUGCAAGAUUAUAUUAGAUAAAAGGGUUAUUGAAACUGAUAGACAAAACAAGUUUGAUGAUAUUAAGAAUGAAAUUGGUGUCAGCUUUAAGAAAUUUCAAGACAUUGAAAAAUCAUUAAAUGAUUCAGAGAAAAGGUUAGAACGCAGUACUACGGAAACCAUUAAAUUGAGGGAAAGAUUAAAUUUGUUAAAAGAGGAUGAGAUAGAAAUAGCGGAAUUAUUAACUAUUACGGAUAAUGGUAAAAUCCAAGAAUAUUUGAACAAAUUUGAACAAGAGAUUAAAAUCAAUCAAGAAAAAUUAGAUAGCAUCAAGACAGAGAAUGCUGAAAAAUACGAAUCUAAUGAAGGAUUAAGAUUGGAAUACCAAAAAAAUUCAUCCAAUGCAGCAGACCUUGGUAGUAUAUUAAAGAACCAGAAAGAACAAAUGGAUAAAAUGAAAAAAAUCAUUGAUGGACCAACUGCGUCAUUAGAAUAUGAUAGUGUGUUGGUAGAAGGGGGCAAAGAAAUUGCCAAGUUGAAGAGUUUACAAGAUAAAUGUAAAUUCAUUUCAAACUAUAUCAAUAAGAUGAAUUCACACUAUGAUUUAAAAAUAAGUAAUACCAAUGGUGGUAAUGGCAAUGGUAGUAGUAACGGAAAUGGAUCAGGUGCUGGAGGUAAUAUGAAUACUAAUCAAGGACAUAGAUCACCCUCUAACCCAAGCAACAAAGAAAGAUCGAUGGCCAAAAAUUCAAGAUACAGAUCAACGAGGUCUAAUUCUCCUGCAUACACAUACUAA